CUUGCUUCACACCUGGUCUCAUGCACAUGCGGCUUGCUGAUGGGUGGCUGUAGCUCAGGAGGCAGAACAGAUCAUCUAUUGAUUGGAUGGAUCUUUAUCUCUGGCUCUGAGAUUCACAUUGUGACGGUCCAGCCUGGUGAAGACGUCACACUGCAGUGCUCCAACAUUUCCACAAGUCAAACACAUACAGAGUGGUUCAGAGUGGUCAACAUGACUAAAACUAGCUGUAUCUCCUCUAUGUUUGGGUCUCAUGGCCAAGCUUCUUUCUGUAAUGGAUUUCAAAAUGGAAAAUUCAAUAUGAGUUCGAAUGUCACUUCUGUCUUUCUUAAAAUAAGAGAAGUGAGUUUAUCUGAUGUUGGGCUGUAUUUCUGUGGAUUUUACGUGGAUGUGCAUAUUAUUAUUUCCAAUGCAAUAGAGUUAAGAUUUGAAGGUGGUGAAACAUAUGAUGAAGAUUUUAUGGCUGAAAAGUCUGAUAGAACGAUACACCUGAUGAACAUCAUCCCAGGUGGUCUGACUGGUUUACUCAUUAUACUGGUCAUCAUUCUGGUUUUAAAAAUCAGAACACCUCAAACAGAUCCCCAACCAGGAAACAUCAAGAAUAAGAGCUCAGAUGACCUGAACUACGCAGCUAUGAGUUUCCAGACAAAACUCAAAAGAAGUCGCAGGCCUGCGACACACAGAGAGCUGGAGUCUCAUGUUAUGUAUGCUGCAACACGGUAGACAAAGAGGUGGAGCUCAUGCUUUAUGAUACUAACCCACUGAUGUAGUUUUGUGUAUGUGUUGUGGAUGAUGUGGCAAAAACUUACUAGCAAAAAAAUAAAAAUAACAAAAUUUGCAUUGAAGUUGUCUUUGUAUCUUUACUUUUGUGCCUCUGUCUUUUUUUAUUGUGCAUCUUUUCUUUUAAGUGUGUUGAUGAUGGGAAAGUUGAUGAUCUGAUGCUGAUUAUGAACUUUUCUUAUGAGGAAAGUCUCAUUGUCUG